AUGUCUCAGCGCAACCGGAGCGGGCGCGGGUCAGCGCGCAACAACGGCAACAAUGCGAGCAACGACCACGGCGAGGAAGUCCAGAUCUGGGAGUCAACGCGCAACGACAUUCGCGAAUUCGUGACCAGCUUCAACGCGGAGAGCGCGGACCUGGACAAGCUGGUUGGUAUGGACAAGGAGCUGGGGGCCAUGGACCCGGACAAGAUCGGCAACGGACCGCUCAAGGACAUGGAGCAGCUGUGCCGGGGCGGGGUGCGGCAGUCGGACGCCAACAUCCAAAAGGCCAACGCGCUGAUCGAGAAGCUCAAGAUCCUCCGAGCGGUGGCGGUGGCUAAGGAGAAGGACGAGGCGGCGACGGCGGGGCCGCCGGGCAAGAGGGCGAGUGCCCGGGACAGCACGCGCGACAACACGGCGGCGGCGGCGGCGGCGGCGGCGGCCAUCUACGACUUUGACGCUGUGGGAGAGUCACCCACGGCCAGCCCCCUCGGCAGCGGCGGGGGCAGAGGCAAGCUGGGGGAGCGGGCGAGCACGCGCGGGGCGGCGGGGAGCGGCAGCAGCAUAGGCGGGGCAGACAAGGACAAGGACAAGGACAAGGACAAGGACAAGGGGAAGGAGAAGGAAAAGGAAAAGGAAAAGGAGCGCGAGGGUAGCAAGGAUCGAGAGCGGGAGCGGGAGCGGGAUCAUAGCCUCGGACCGUCAAAGGCGGGCAGCGUGGAACCGGGUGGUGGCGGGGUGGGCACUCCGGGCGGGCCCGGGUCGGCGCUGGGACGGUCCAAGGUGGUCUUCACCAAGGGCGAGUCCGUGGCGUUCCGGCCCAAGAUGACGAGCGGCGAGGCGGCGUCGGACUGGAUACUGGGCGAGGUGGCGCAGGUGGUGGGUGAGGGGAAGUCGCGGCGGUACAAGGUGCUCGACAUCGAACCCGACGACCAUAGCAAGCAGAAGGAGUACAAGACGAGCGCCAGCAGCAUGAUACCCAUCACGCCGGAGUCGCAGGCGGCAUCGCUGCCCGACUGGGACCCGAGGACUACGGUGCUGGCGCUGUACCCCAACACCACGACCUUUUACAAGGCAGAGGUGCACAGCAUGGACGGCGACGGCAAGGUCAACCUCAAGUUUGAGGGGGAGAAUGAUUCGUCUACGCUGCAGCAGGUGGAGAGGAGAUUCGUCAUAGAGUUCAGGGUGUAG